AAGAAUUUCUAUGUUUUCACCCUCAAAAACAAAACAAAAAGAAAACUGUGGAAAGAUUUCAACAGUUCAAUAUCUGCAGAAAUAAAACUCCCACUGACUCUUAUUUUAAUGUGAAAGCACCAAUCUGAACAUUAUGAACAACAAUAAUGGAGUCUGUUGUAUAAAAACUGAUCAUCUGCUUCAGUGGGGAAAGUCUCUGAUGUGAAAAUAUGAUUAAUCAGAUUAAAACCUGUGGAGCUGACAGACUGGGGUGAACCAGGAGGCCCCUGGCUGGAGAUCAGUGCAGUUUUUUCCAAAUGAAACAGAGUGAUCCCUCUUGUCUGUAAUUCAAAGUGAACACCUAUACAAACACAUCUAUGUGAUUAAUUAAGUUAUGUAGAUCUGAUAGAGAACGUGAACCAGAGGCCGAUGAGGGUCUGGGGGCCCACCUUGUCCGGUUGAUAAAGUCCCAUACCGGGCUGUGUGAAGCAUCUUGUUCCAGAUUCAGCGCAGUUUUGUUAGUGGAACAGAGUGAUCCUCCUGUUUAUAGACGAGCUCUGCCGCUGUCGCUGCGCUGUCGGACAGCCGGUGUUCGGUAAAUCCGGCCGUGUCACCGCAUCAAGCUCGUCUCCCAACAGCUGAACGCCGUCCCGAGGCAAUAUGACGAGAAACCUCCGCUGAUCCGUUUAUUUAAAUUGUCAAAUCAAGCGUUCUUCUGUUGCCGCGUCGCUGCUGCGGCUGCAGCGGUGUAGCGGUAACGCGGUAUAGCAGCUAACGGUAUAGCUGCUAGCGGCAUAGCGUCUAAUGGUGUAGCGGCUAACAGUGCUGAGUUUAAAAGGACACCAACGUUUGUAUUUAAUGACAGUAUGUGGUAGAUAUCGUGUUGUUUCUGCUCCUUGUGGCGGUCACUGUCACACGUUCAUUCACUGAUCACCCUGUUUAUUUAGUAACUUCAACAUACGGCACAGACUGUAAAUGUAUGCUAGUUGGUGCUGCUAUGGAGAAACACCGGGUUUGGCUAACAGGCUAGCUGCUAGCUGCUUUGAAAGUGAUUUGUCGGUAUCAGUUAAGAAUCAGCUUUAAACUUACAAACAACAACCCUGUGCAGUUGCAGCGAACUGUUUUGGUAAUUAGUCAGAUUGAAUACUUUCUUUGAAUAAAUACAGUCUAAAUUCUGUGAUUGCAAUUUUUUAAAUGUGAAUAUUUUCACUUUUUUCCUCCUUAAUGACAGCAAACUGAAGAUCUGAUCCACAAUUUUAGCAUCUUUAGAGACCAAACAACUAAUCGAUUAAUACAAAAACUAAAUAGUGAUCAGCCAUGAAAAUAAUUUUUAUUUUUUAUAUUUUGUACAAAAAUAUGAGAAAGCAAACUUCUCCUUAUUUAUUUAGCAAGUAAUUAAACUGAAUGAAGCCUAAAUCCAAUGAAUGAAUUGCUGCUGUUCUAUUGAAAUAAAUUAGGCAAAAUGUUUUGCUUUUCUUUGGGCAGAAAUAUAUUCCACAGGAAACUGAAUUUAUUUAAAAAGCUUUGGAUUGUUGUAUUAUUAUUUUAAAGAGAUUUCCAGCAAUUUGGUGCCAAAAGAGUGAGCUUCGUGUCAGUUCAGACCGUUUUUUCUGUCAUUUUUAACAAAUGUUAAGUUAUUUUUCUUUUAUUAACAGUUUCUGAGUCACUCUGGAGACAUUUCAAGUCAUUUUCUGACAUUUUCUGGUCAUUUUUAAACACAUUUCAUUUCAUUAAAUAAAUGUUUCUGUGAUUUUAAAUGGAGUUUGAGUCAUUUCCAGCAAGGUUUUGUGUAAAACGUUGGUGUCAUUAUUGGGAAAAGUGUCAUUGAAGGCAAAAGUUUGUCGUUUUAAACAAAUUUUGCUCAUUUGACAGAAAUCCGUUUUCUCCUGACGGACUAUUCGGUUUUAUGUUUCCUUCUCAAAUCAAACAGCUCGUUGUUGUUUCUGUAAACUGUACAUUUAUUGGUUUAUUGUGUAUCUUCUCAGGGAAAUGAAGCUGGUUUUUCUCUGGAGAUGUGCUCCCACUGUAUCUCAGCUGGAGUUACUUUUAUUCUUGUUAUUUUUUGCUCAUAAUCCAGGAAUCUGUUCUUCACGUUCCUCAUCAGUGGUUGAAACACUAACGGAUGUCUGUAGUGAAUGACUUUAAAAGCUCUGUUUAAAACCGUCUUUGUCAGUGGUUUGACUUCAUUAAAGCAGGUCUGAUGUUUCAUUCGUCACUAGAAACCUCAUCUGGAAUCAAACUUUAUUUAAGUUUUGAUUAAAUGUCAAACUGCACAGAAAAUAAAAUGUCCAGAUGUUUUCUCCAGAGCAGAAUGCAGUCAAUAACACCAGUUAAACCUGAGGAAAUGUCCAGUUGGUUUGGGUAAAUUCUAAGCUUCUUCAUGAUGUUGUGGUUCCUCAGAGCUGCAGGACUUUAGAUUAAAAAUGAUUAAAAUGAAGCAGGAACAGAAAACGCUGCUCCGGGUUCAGCGGGGUGAAGCCGAACAUGAGACCCAGUUAGUCCAGAUUUUUCAGUCAUUAAUGCGCCAGAAGAACCACCUCCAUCAUCAGCGGAGCGAUUAGCGCUGGAAGAGGCGUCACAUGACCCGGUAAGGCUCAGAGCACCAGGAGAUCCGGCGGCACAGCGCUCACCGUCUGCUGCAGCUCCACAGCCAUGGCCGGCACCAGCCACAAGCCCGUCAACCCUGAUCAGAUUAAGCGGCUGGGGAAGAGAUUUAAGAAGCUCGACCUAGAUAACUCAGGCUCGCUGAGCGUGGAGGAGUUCAUGUCCUUACCGGAGCUCCAGCAGAACCCCCUGGUGCAGCGAGUCAUCGACAUAUUCGACACCGACGGCAACGGGGAGGUCGACUUCAAAGAGUUCAUUGAAGGAGUCUCACAGUUCAGCAUUAAAGGCGACAAACAGCAGAAGCUUCGCUUCGCCUUCAGGAUCUACGACGUGGACAAAGACGGCUACAUCUCCAAUGGUGAGCUGUUCCAGGUCCUGAAGAUGAUGGUAGGAAACAACCUGAAGGACACGCAGCUGCAGCAGAUCGUCGACAAAACCAUCAUCAACGCAGACAAAGAUGGAGAUGGCAGGAUAUCCUUCGAUGAGUUCUGUUUGGUCGUCGGUGGUCUGGACAUUCACAAAAAGAUGGUGGUGGACGUGUGACGCAUUCUGACUGAACUCUGAGCACUUUAAAAGCUGCUGGAUGAAGACUCGAUUUACUCGUGUUCAGGGUUUAAUUCAGGCGUCAUCUUCUGGACUUUGGAGCCCUGCAGGUGGAACUUUGAGUUCAUCCUUCAGCUUUCUGCUGAUUCAAACAACGGUUCAGGAGACGAUGUGAUGGUGAAGCUCUGCUGGAUGUUAGUCGAUGUUCGGUUCAGUGGAGACGUCCAGCUGUUUGAAUCUGAACUGCUUCUGUGACAGAAGCUUCAUUAAACUUCUUCCAGUGCUGCUGCAUGGUGGAGCAUCUCAUCCUAAAUUAUUCAAAACUCUACAGAAAAUCCUACAUUUUGUCUGAAGUGACUCGAAAUUUCCCUAAAACGAGUUCAUAAAUGUCUAAAUUUGGAGGAAAUUACUCAAAACUGUCUAGAAAGAAAAAAAUUUGCCCAAAUUGGGUUAGAAAGUGUCCAAAAUGACUCCAAAAUGGCAAGAAAGUCUCAAAAUGUGCCAAAAAUGACCAGAAACUUAAGUAAUUAUUGUCCAUGAUGACUCAAGACUGUCCAGGAAGUCUUAAAUUGGUCCAAAUUAAAAAUGACUCAAAAUGUGUCCAAAAUGAGUCCAAGAAAUUUUUAAAAAUCAAAAUACACUUCAAAUUCAGAGACACAAAAUUGAUCCAAAAUGACUCAAGACUGUAGAGAAAGUCUUGAAAUUUGUCUACACUGACCAGAAACACGUCCAGAAUCUGUUAUUGUCCACAGUAACUCAGGACUGUGCAGAAAGACUUAAUAUGUUAAUCUCUGGACGCGUUUCUGGUUCCUGAUAAUUCACCAGAUUAACUUUUAAAAGGUCAUUCUGGGUGAACUUUAGUGUUGGUAGGAGGUUGGUCAGAACUAUUAGAGGCCAUGGAAGAAGAAACAGCUUUUUGAACAAAUUUCUAUUACUCAUUCAUACUGAGCUUUGAUCAUCAAGUUUUACCCAGAAUGCACCUGCAGAACCAUCUACAGCUGGUGAUCGUGAUUCAGCUUCCAUCUUCUUCGUGUUUUAGUCGAUUCAUAUGUUUUUGAACUUAAAGGCACGAAGGAAUGUUUCAUUAUGUUUCAGAACUAAUACUUUUUCAUUGUUUUGGUUUCUCAUUUGUUUGAUGAAAUCUUUAACUUCCUCUGUGUGGAUGAACUCUGAGUUUAAACUACUUUGUAAUUCUGUUAACUGGACGAAGUAAAACGGGGAUAUUUUCUGUCUGGUCCUGGUUAGAUGAGCAGUCUGACCUGUCAUUUCCUGUCAAUUAAAUAAGAGCUUGAGAAUCUGAGCCACUGUUUAAAGAGCCUCUAACUCCAUUAUUCAGCGUCUUUAAACUGACGCAGUUUUUAUCAGAAUUCAGAUGUUUUCCCCCUAAAAUAUCACGUGUCUAUAUGCUGGACUGAAGACGUUCUGAGGGCUUAACAUGGUUCAAAAUGACUUAAAGGGACUCAGAAAAUUGUGACGGGCUUCUGGACUACAUGAAGAUCAAGAACAUCAGUGAGCGGCUGUGGAUCGUUUCUUGGGUGACCGCCUGGUUUGUUCUCGUCAGGUGGAAGGUUUUGUAUGUUUCAUGUUCUGGAACUGAAAUUAGAACACAUGGUUCAGGACAUGUGAAUAGAUCAGUGAUUUCCAAAGUAUCCUGUGGUGAUGUUGUUGUAGAAUUAAGUUAAUUUACGUUUGAUCAAUA